CCGGGUCGUGAGUGAUCACGUCCGCUACUUGUUAGCCACAGCUGUAGAAGAAAGCCAGGCAAAAUGCAAACGUCUAUAGUCAAUAUCGUCGUUUUCUCGUUGCUGCAGAUUUUAUUGUCUUUUUCGUGUUUUCAAGAGGCUGUAGAAGCAGCCAGCGGAAAAGGAUUUGGAGAUAACAUUCACUGGAGGACGCUGGAAGAUGGCAAAAAAGAGGCAGAGGCCAGCGGGCUGCCAGUCAUGGUCAUCAUUCACAAGAGCUGGUGUGGAGCCUGCAAAGCACUAAAGCCCAAAUUUGCUGAAUCGAGGGAAAUCUCUGAACUGGCACACAACUUUAUAAUGGUGAACCUGGAGGACGAAGAGGAGCCGAAGGAUGAAGCCUUCAGCCCGGACGGUGGAUACAUUCCCCGGAUUCUCUUCCUCGAUCCAAGUGGCAAAAUUCAUCCUGAAAUCACUAACAAAAACGGGAAUCCCAACUACAAGUACUUCUACAGCACCGCCGAACAAGUCGUGUCUGGUAUGAAGGAGGCGCAGCAGAAGCUGACUGGUGACGCCUUUAAACAAGGCCACUCAGGGGUCGAGCUGUGAGGAGACGAGAGGCGAGCUCCAUCAAGGCUGUAAGGGCUACACUUCCUCUACAUGAGCAGCUGAGCUCCCUUCAAUAUUUCCACAUCUAACGGUAGAAAGUAGACUGUUUCAGCUGAUUUUUAAAACCACAGGUGCAUGAGUAUUCUUUCCUGUCCUGCAUUGUUUUCCUGGCUCUGCAAUCAUUUCCCCCAAUGUUUAAAUCAUGUAUGUUUCUAAGUUGCCCUUUAUUAAAUGUCAAUGCAAUUUACUGUACUUGGUGUCUGUAGGGGAUGUUAGCCACGUUAACUUUCCUUUAUUAGCUCCCAGCUGCCUGCGCUGUUUAAUGCAUUCAAUGUUUUUUUUAUUAGAGAGCCAUGACAUUUAUUUCUUUGGCAUUGACAAGUUGAGAAGCACAAAAUGGCCAUGCAUGGGAGUCAAUUAUGCUUAUGCAGAGAUCAAGGUUAUUUAAAUGUCAGCAUCUUGAAGGAAAGCCUCAGUUCAUGGAGUUAUUAAAAUAAAUGGUUUCCUAGGAAAUUUAUUUCAUCAGGAAAAUUGUUAUAUUAGAUGUAUAAAAUCUGUCCAUUUGAUUUGGUUAAAUUUGAUUUAAAAUAUCAGGAUUUUAGUUGGGAUUUUUUUUAAACAGUGCUUUUCAUUUAAAACAGGCAUUUUGUUUAGAAAACAGUAGGGUGGGUUGGUGAUCCUCCAGGUGCUGGUGGUCUGCAAGUUUUAGACGCAUCCCUGCUCCAGCACAUCUGGCUAAAAUGAAUGAGUUAGAAAUUCUCCAAUCCAGAUCUCUGCCUUUGCAGAUGUUUUGCUGCAGGGCUGAAUAUUAGGAAAACAAGUUGCCAUGUAAUUGAUCAUAAUUGAGGCGUUUUAUCAUCCGAAAUCUAAAAUCGAAAGUUCGUCCAACUGGCCCGAGAUAUUUGCACGUGGCGAGUUCAUCCAUGUCCCUUUGAAAUAAAUGCCUACCAAAAGUUGCAUCAAAGCAGCAAUAUGCGAUUGAGAUAUUACACGGAUUAAUACUGCGAUGGAGCUUUAUUUUCCAGCGUUUACAUGUUGGUGUUGUAUAAGCUUACAUAAACAACCACAGGUAUUGUAAGCCAAACUCCAGGAUUUUGUGCCCAUAUCUUCAAUCAGUAGGACCUGGAUCGGUACCUUAGCCAGACAUCUGAUCCAAAAAUGGUAACGGUAUCCGUUCCAUCUCUAACUCAUCUCCAGAUGAGUUAACAGACAUCUGGAGAACGUUGACAGCUGGUGAGGCAUUUUCAACCAGCCUUAUUAAAGCGUACUGGGAGCAGGGACUGCACUCCAGGACUGAAAACCGCUGCGUUAGACCGAAGGAUUUUCAGGGUAAUUUUGUUGGUAUAAUUGAAGAUGCUUUAUGUCCACUGCUGACGUUAAAAGAAAAAUAAUUACUAUUAUCCCAGGAAAAGACUGUUAUGCCAAAGAUGAGCUGUUUUAUUAAAAAUAAAUGUAUAACCUCAUUUUUUUCUCUCUCCCCAAGUCAACUAAUUUAACACCUAAAGCAAUGUGCUUCCAAAGAUCCUCUACUGUAUUUUACUUGACAAUAAUCACCAUGUGCAAACAAGUCUCUUACCUGAUUUACUAUUUAUCUUAGUUUCUGAAUACUAGAUAAUCCUGCCAUAUUAAGUGUUUUAGUUCUGCUGCAUGUCUUUUUUUAAAACUCUAAGAGGAAAAAAAGCCGAUUUACAUGUCUUGAUGUAUUUUAUACACGUGAAAAUAAAAGUUUGUUGUAUUGG